ACGCCUGCGCAGUGGUCGCCGCUGGCGGGCUGGCUGACGCUGGCGGGUUGAGGGAGUUCCUGCGGGUGGCUGUCACCGCCCCGUUUCUCUCCCGAUGGUGCUCUCCUGAGGCCAGCUGCCUGCGGGCGUCGCCCCGGGAUGGAGCACAUCCGGACGACCAAGGUUGAACAAGUAAAGUUACUUGACCGGUUUAGUACCAACAACAAGUCACUGACAGGAACACUGUAUCUUACGGCCACACAUCUGUUAUUUAUUGAUGCUCAGCAAAAGGAAACCUGGAUACUGCACCACCAUAUUGCCUCUGUGGAGAAGCUUGCUCUGACCACUUCUGGAUGCCCACUCGUGAUUCAGUGCAAGAACUUCAGGACUGUGCAUUUCAUUGUUCCCAGGGAAAGGGAUUGCCAUGAUAUUUAUAAUUCACUGCUACAACUGUCAAAACAAGCAAAAUAUGAAGAUCUCUAUGCCUUCUCUUAUAAUCCCAAACAAAAUGAUUCUGAACGACUAAAUGGUUGGCAACUUAUUGACCUUGCUGAGGAAUAUGAGAGGAUGGGAGUGCCCAAUGCAAACUGGCAAUUGUCUGAUGUCAACCGAGACUACAAGGUCUGUGAGACUUACCCCAGAGAGAUAUAUGUUCCAAGGACAGCCAGCCGGCCAGUGAUUGUGGGCAGUUCCAACUUCCGGAGCAAGGGCAGACUUCCAGUCCUGUCCUACUGCCGACAGGGCACUGAGGCUGCCAUUUGUCGAUGUAGUCAGCCAUUGUCAGGCUUCAGUGCCAGGUGCCUAGAGGACGAACAUUUGCUUCAAGCCAUUAGUAAAGCCAACCCAGGAAAUCGCUACAUGUAUGUUGUCGAUACCAGGCCCAAGCUCAAUGCAAUGGCUAACAGAGCAGCUGGAAAAGGUUAUGAAAAUGAAGACAACUAUUCUAAUAUUAGAUUUCAGUUUGUUGGAAUAGAAAAUAUUCAUGUCAUGAGAUCCAGCCUUCAAAAAUUACUGGAAGUGAAUGGCAGCAAGGGGCUUUCUGUCAACGAUUUCUACUCUGGUUUGGAGAGCUCAGGCUGGCUUCGCCAUAUCAAGGCUGUUUUGGAUGCUGCGAUCUUCUUAGCCAAAGCAAUAGUGGUUGAAAAUGCAAGUGUGCUGGUCCACUGUUCGGAUGGGUGGGAUAGGACCUCCCAAGUCUGUUCCCUCGGUUCGCUUUUGUUGGAUUCCUACUACAGGACGAUGAAAGGAUUCAUGGUUUUAAUAGAAAAAGAUUGGAUAUCGUUUGGGCAUAAGUUUUCAGAGAGGUGUGGCCAUUUGGAUGGUGACCCAAAGGAAGUCUCACCGGUGUUUACUCAGUUCUUGGAGUGUGUGUGGCAUCUGACUGAGCAGUUCCCACAAGCCUUUGAGUUCAACGAGGCGUUUCUUCUUCAGAUCCACGAGCACAUUCAUUCAUGCCAAUUCGGGAACUUCCUCGGCAACUGUCAGAAGGAAAGAGAGGAACUCAAGCUGAAGGAGAAGACUUACUCCCUGUGGCCCUGCCUUUUGGAUGACAGAAAAAAGUACUUAAAUCCUCUCUACAGUUCCAAAUCUCAGAGACUGACAGUCUUGGAGCCAAAUACAGUCUCUUUCAAUUUUAAGUUUUGGAGAAACAUGUACCACCAGUUUGAUCGGACGCUCCAUCCUCGGCAGUCUGUAUUGAACAUAAUUAUGAAUAUGAAUGAGCAGAACAAGCAGUUAGAGGAAGACAUUAGGGACCUAGAGUCUAAAAUUAAGCAAUGCAAAAAUGGCAUCCUAACCAAGGACUUGGUGCAUGCCGUUCACCCUGAGUCGCCUACCCUCAAAACCUCCCUGUGUCUGAAAGAGCAGAGUCUGCUUCCUGUGAGCGACACGCUCCGAGCUGUAGAGGGCAGCAGCCCAGCAGAUAACCGUUACUGUGACUACACUGAGGAGUUUUCUAAGUCGGAGCCUGCUGUGGUCAGCCUGGAGUAUGGUGUCGCCAGAAUGACUUGUUAGCCUCCUUCAGCGUUUCCUGGAUGACUGUGGUGUAGGAAAUGUGUAGUGAGGAUGGUCUGUACAGGGGGUUGUCAGUGACUUUGGGGCUUAGCAGCAGGUGAACAGUGGAGAGAAGGAUCGUAGCUACUCCUGAGAGGAAUAAGGCAACCAAGUGCCAUUUGUAGCAAGAGCGACACUCGUUUCUGUAGAAGUGAGUGGUAUUGUGUGCACUUACUGGAAAUGAUUUACACAGCACACUAGUGAGCUGACAGCCUGUUGAUUCAGAUGUUAAUUACAGCCAAGCUCAAAAUGCUUUCCUUAAGUGUAACUUAACUCUGAGAAAACAGACCUGACAACCUGAACCCUUAAUGAUUGACAUGGCAUGUUCUGGAGCUGUGCGACUGUUUGUGUACUUUGCCAUUUAGUGACGUUUUAAACAUUGAAGUGCCAUGAAAAGUACUUCUGAGACAGCCUUAAAGUAAAUUCUCAGUUGAUUCUUUAGGCUUUACAGCCAAGGACAAGAUGUUUGAUUUCUCCUUUACUCAGCCUUAUUUCAUGUAAGAACCGCACUCUGGUUACUCCAGGGUCCCACACUGCAGCGCCCCUGCGUAGAAAGUUGUAGACGUACUCUGGUAGUUAAUUCGUAAUUGGCCAGCUCCACCCAUAUUCAAAAUUAAUGCCACUGAAGGCUUUGUUCUGGUUGUCAUUUGUUUCGAGCUGCAGCUGACAGUUCAUUAGUUACAGCUUAGAGGACGGAUUUCUUAGUAUAAGCACAUUUGGCAUUUGCUUUCGGAUUAUUGCAUUCUAUUAAUUCUUAUUUUGUGGUUGGCUUUAAUCCUAUGAUAACUGUACGUUUAAAGUGGCAAAGUUCUAAAGCAUUCUGAGUACUAAAUGCAUUUUUAACUGCCUGAUCUAGAACAUUUCACUUUAGUGUACCUGCCUACAGACUUCCAGGUGAAGUGGAGAGGGGAGUACUGGUAGUGGAGAUUUGGCUUGGUUAUGUGUAUUUUCAAGCAAUCAUUUUUAGGUGGAACAUAUUUCUUUUAGCUUAUUAUAGAAGGGCAAGAGAGGGAUUACUGAGGAGCCAGUUAAUGUCCAAUAAAAGCAGCCUUGACUCUGGAAAAGGGUUUAUUUUGCUUUGUUAGACUCAUUGUUUAUUCUGUGCAGUAGGACAUACAUAUCUUUUCGAAAAAUCAUUUGCAGUUGGCAGUAUUAUCAGGUGGCUUUAAAACAAAAUUUAAUACCACGGAUGGUACGAGGUACAGUUCAAGGGCACUAAGAAAUCUGCAUAUGUUACCUUAUAUAUUUCCCGAUUAUACCUAUAUCUGUAAUAUUUCUUAUACUGGUUUUGAACAUAUGUAUCCUUUUUGAAAAACAGAAAACUUUAUUGUAUGUGAUUUAUCUACUCCUUUUUAUUUUUCCGGUUCACUUCUGUACGACCUUAUGUAAUAAAAACACUGCAUUUUAAAAAGUAACAGAAAUAUACUAAAAAAAAAAAAUGCAAUGUAUAACUAACAGUGUUUAGACAUGGGAAAGGAAACUUAAUCUCUGUGGCCACAACAGGAAGUUUUUGUGCCUUGGGUCCAGUCGGGUUGUGGUUUUAGACUCUCCCAUGGCAGACUUCUUACAGUCAUCUUUUUGGUUCAUUAUGCUAAUCCUCCACUUUGCGUUUACAUACGUGUUUAUGUGCCCACACACAGAUAACAUCCUGAGUGACGUGCAGGGCAUAUGUUGGCAAAAAUCUGUGUAAAUGUCUUAUAGAAUUGGAUUUAUGUUCAUUGUGUUUUGGGAUGUAUAGCAUGUAAAUUAUUUCAUGUAUUAUUUAAAGGCAAUUAAAUGUUCAUGUUUUA